CCUUGCAUAUAUCUUCUGGUCUGCAACAUGAGACAUAAAGAACUCAUUGGCCUCCCUAGUCCACCGUCCAUCGGGACACUUCAUUGUGGAUGCUCUGAUGUGACUCAGGUAGAACUCUAAGGACUGAAGUUACAAUUUCAUUUAUUUAUUUGUUUGUUUGUUUAUUUAUUCAUUUGUUGGUCUGUUUGUUUGUGUACUAGUAUUCCCAAAUGGUAGGGUAUCAAUCACAAAGUACAUUACAUAAAGGAACAAACAAGUGUUUGGAAUGGGUUCCCGGCUUCAAACUAAAUAUUUUCAAAAAAUUGAAAACAUUUUCAAAAUUCAAAUCUGUAAGGGAACUGUAAACAAUAUCACCAUAUCAUUUGAGGUCACUCUGCACUUGUUAUUUCAGCUAUCUGAAUACACAUACACAGGCUAUUUAAACUACUGAACAAAACAGUUAAUAAUUGAUUUUUUGUGUCUAAAAUAGUUAAGAUAACACAAUCUACAAACACUUGACUAAAACAUUCAAACAUCACAUGAUAUAGCUAAAAAUGGCGACUUCAAUGGAAGAACAUGUUAAAGAAACUCUUAAAUGUAAGGUCUGCUUUGGGAUUCUGGAUGACCCGAAGACACUUCCCUGUAUGCACACAUAUUGCUUAAAGUGCUUGGACAAACUGGUACUGAGGAAAGAAGAGGAAUGGAGUGUAGAAUGCCCAGAAUGUCGUAAGGUUCAUAUCCUACCAGAUGGUGGUCUACGUGCAUUCAAAUCCAGCUACACUAUGAAUACUCUCGUUGAUAUAUUUCAAUCAAUGGAUGUUGGAACACAACCUCAAUGUAGCGUAUGUAAGGACAGUAAUAUACAUGAUGUUAAUGCACAAUCUAAAUGUCUACAAUGUGAUAAGAAUAUGUGUGAAAACUGCGAACAUUUUCACAGCAAAUUCUUUCAAGGACACACAUUGCUCUGUUUGGGAGGUGAUAAGACAGAUGAUAUACAAAGUGCCCUUGAGGUGAUUAAAGAGCGAACUUUAUACUGUAAAACACACAAAAACAACCCUGUGGAGAUCUACUGCAAGGUGGAUCAAUGUGCUGUAUGUCCAACUUGUUACGUCAUUACCCACUCAGGUCAUGAAUGUAUGGAUAUACAUCAGGCCGCACGAAACAACAUCAAACAUAUCGACAGGCUUGUUAAAAGUGGAGAGAAACUAUUGGGAUCGUUUGACACUGUAACCAAAGACACAAUCGUGUACAAGGAAACAAUGGAGAAAGAAGUCAGUGACAUCACAAAUGAACUGACCAAUGAAAUGAACAUAGCAAUCCGAGCAAUACGUGAAAAGUACAAAGCAAAUAUUGAUAAGGUGACCGAGAGAAAGGAUGUAUGUGCUAAACAGAUCGAGGCUCAUCUUGGCAAUGUCCAGCUCCAGAGGGCCAUGGUAGACACCAUGCUUCAUCAGUUCAAUGUUGUGAAACA